AUUACAUUUCCAAAAGUUGACCGGACUUGGCGUAUACUGACCGCCAAUUGAAUCUGUCCAAAAGGACUUCUGUCGAAAUCAUCGUUGAUUUGUUCCGAGUAGCAUAAAGGUAGGGCAUCUCAAUUACCUGCCUGCAUCGAAAAUCUUCUAUCUUCUCGUCUGUCGUCCCUCCUUCAUACGCCAUGGCAACUCCACUUGCUCCGACGGUCCAUAUCGAUAUCUGGGCCAUCUUAUCCGAAUCCAAACGGAUAAUCAACUCCCACUCCCGCCACUUCCUAGCUCUCUCCGUCCUCUUCCUUCUCCCUUUCUCCUUCUCCCUCUUCACCCUCCCUUUUAUCAAUCAACUCUUCUCCCAAUCCUCUACUCCCACCAUCGAAACCCACCUUGGCUCGCUUAGCAAUCCUUUCCAACAACAACAGCCCCCAAUCUUCCCCAUUAAAUACCUUAUCUUCUCUCUCCUUAAUACCCUUUUCAACUCCGUCUUCUCUCUCUUGGCCACGGGUUCUAUUACUUACAGCGUUUUCCACGGCUUUUAUGGCCGACCCGUCAAGCUUAUAUCCGCUAUCAAGUCAGCUUUCACUUCCUUCUUCCGCCUUUUCUCAACUCUCCUUGUAACCGAGCUUAUCAUUUCUGGGGUCCUUUUUGUUCUGGCUUUGAUCCUUUUUUCAUUAGUCAGCAUAACCCAAAUCUUAGGCUUCCAAAUUGAAUUCUCUUCACCUUAUUUCAUUUCCCUUUGUAUGGUUUUCGUGAUUAUUUUCAUGUUUAUUGUGUUCUAUUUACAAGUGAAUUGGGUAUUUGCUUAUGUUAUUGUCGUGGUUGAAUCAAGCUGGGGAUAUGAACCAUUAAAACGAAGUCAAAAUUUAGUUAAGGGACUGAAAAAGGUUGCUUUUUCGAUCCUUCUGCUUUUCGGGUUACUGAGUGGGAUUCUUACCUGGGCCUCAACUUUAAGAUGGCUUCAUUCAGCUGCUGAUAAAUGGAAAACUUGGCCAUUUGUUAUAGAUAUUGUGGCCUCUUCCUCUAUCUUAAUGUUUCUUAUGCUUUAUAAUUUGGCUGCAAGUACAGUUUUUUAUAUUUAUUCCGAGGCUAUACAUGGAGAACUUGCUGGGGAGAUUGCUGAGGAAUUUGCAAGAGAGUAUGUAAGUUUGCCUUUUGAUGAUGGGAAAGUUCCUCAUGUUGUUUCUAUUGUUUACGCUUGAUGGAAAUAGGAAUUUUGAGUUUUGUUUAAGCUCUGUUUUUUGUUGUUUCGUUUAGUGUUUUUCUAGUUUUACUUGUAUUUGUGAAAAGAAAGAUGUGUGAACAAUGUAAAGAUAUGCUUCAGAUUUGUAAGCAUCAAUAAAUAUUAAACGUGUUUGAGUUUGUUGAU